AAAGGAGGACAGCUUCGAGAUAAUGAACUGUUUGACAUUCUGCCUGUAGGGAGAUAAAUGCGACCGCCAUUAAAUAUUUUCAAGUAUCUAUCUUUGCACAGGCUGGGGGUUGGAAGCACGUCAGACGGUGGGAAAGCUGUCUAACAUGUCCUCUCGCUCACUCUCUCUCCAGUUUGCAGCAAUAGAGUGACCUGCUUCUCUACAGUUCAGCUUCACGCUGGAAUCAACAGUGGCUCUGUGCCAUUUUGAGAAAUUUCAGGUUUAGUUUUCUCCCUCUCUCUCUCUGAGUCGCAGCGUCUCAUUGAGUAACAGAAACUGGAAGAAGUGACAGCACUUUAGGAACUUUUUUGGAUGAUUAGUAUAAAUGUACAUGGACAGAAGCUGCUCCGGGGAAACUGCUGGGCCCGAGCGAAAUUAGAGACUUGACAUUUGAUUCAGGGUACACUGGAACCAACCUUCUGGAACAGUGAAAAGUGGAGUUACUUAUGAAUUGAACACAGCAUGUCUUCAGCCAAUUAUCCAAACUGGGUGACUUUUGAUGAUGAUUAUGGUUUCCAGUCACCGAAACAGUCCUUCAGUUCAGACAGUGGGCAUAAGUCCAAUGGUCUGGUAUUGAGUCUUUCUUCUCAACAUGAUAUGUCCAGGAGAUCUGCCUCUGGCAGUAACACGCCACUUUCUUCACCAUUCACAAACCUUCCUUGCACACCAAUGUCUGGACUUCAGACACCGAUCACACCAAGCCCGUCCAGGGAUAACUGUUUCUUUAAGUUUGAGGAUCUGUCACAAACUGAUCAGUUUAGGCCUCAUAAUAAUGAGAAUGGAUACACAAAUCCAUUUUGGAAUCCGGGUUGUAUUUCAAGCACUGGUAUUUCUCACUGCGAACAGGAAAGUAACCGGGCUAGUGAUAUUUCAACCACAAACACUACAAACACUUUUUUUCAAGGUCCCAAGCAAAUGAAAGGACCCCAGAAAAGUCAGAGUAAUUCCCCUCUAACUGUUCUUUGUCAAAAACAUGAAAAGUUACAAGCAGAUGACUCUCAACCUUCAAAGACAUCUUCAGAAAACAAACAGCUUAAUAUUCAAAUAUCUUCACAUAAUGUUAGGAAUCUCUUCAGAAUUGGGUGCAAAAAUGGUUGGCCUUUAAUGAUGAGAAUCCCUGAGAAAAAGAAUAUGAUGUCUUCUCGUCAGUGGGGCCCAAUCUAUCUGAAUCUCCUGGCUGGGGGAGUUUUACAGCUCUAUUAUGAACAGGGCCUCGAGAAACCUUUCAAAGAAUUUCAGUUGCAACCGUAUUGCAGGCUCUCCGAACCCAAGCUGGAGAACUACAAGGCGUCAGGAAAGAUCCACACAGUGAAGAUUGAACAUGUGUCAUACACAGAAAAACGAAAAUAUCACCCAAAAACUGAAGUCCUACAUGAAGCAGAGGUUGAGCAGGUGUUGAAGUUUGGAACAACUGACUACAAGGAUUUCAUUGACUUCAUUGCUGCUGUUGAAGAGGAACUAAUGAAACUACCUCUUCUUGCACAACGCAGAAAGAGUUAUGAAGAACAAGAAAUGAUACUUGAAAUGACGGAUCACUUCUGGGGAAAAUUUUCAAGACAAGGAAAGAUGAUUGAAGCUUCGGUGGUGACCCACAUUUAUUGUCUGUGCUUCAUUAAUGGCAAUGUUGAAUGUUUUUUGACUCUUAAUGAUUUACAGCUUCAAAGAAAAGACCACCGUUACUUGAAAAGUGAUACAGAUAGCACAUGGAUUCAGAUCUGUGACUACCGGGUUCAUAAAUGCGUGAAAGAAAAUGAGUUUGAAACUUCUAGAGUGAUAAAAUUCAUUCCUCCUGAUGCUUGUAGAUUGGAGCUGAUGCGUUUCAAAACAGUCCGUGACAAUCCUGAGCUUCCCUUUUUGUUAAAGGGUCUGGUCACAGUUCAUGGAGCCUACACAGAAUUACAAGCAUUUCUAGUUAUGUCCUCUGGCUAUUCCAAUUUCCAAAACAGGCUGUCUUCAAUGUAUUGUGAAAACGUGAUGAUCCGCUUUCCUGUUCCCGCAGCUUGGUUCAAGAUAUUUCGCACUGGGAAUCUCUUCAGACAGAAAUCCUUGAAGGCGAAGAUGACUCGGAAUGCUCGAUUUGGCUCAGUUAGCAUGACAGGUGGUGAACCAGUAAUGCAAGUCACCAUUGGUACAGCUAAGUAUGAGCAUGCUUUCAAGGCAAUUGUCUGGAGGAUUGAUCGUCUACCUGAUAAGAAUGCAGCAUCUGACCAUCCGCACUGUUUUUCUUGUAAACUUGAGCUGGGUUCAGAUAUGGAAAUACCUUUGGAAUGGAAGCCAUUCAUUGCUGUGGAGUUUGAGGUACCUGACACAUCGGCUUCCAAAGUGCAAGUGAAAUCAUUUGGGACAGAAAGUGAUUUCCAACCAGAGAAGCACAUUCAUCUAAAUGCUCGAUACCACUACCAGCCCAGACUCUAUAAAUCUGUUAUUGAGGAUGUCAUCAGCAACAUACAUGAUUUUUUCCUUGAGGAAGGUAUUGAUGAUCAUGUUCUCAAGGAUUUAAAGCAGCUUUGGGAGAGCAAACUUCUGCAGUCCAGAGCUGUGGAAGGCUUUUUCAGGGAAAAUAAUCAUCAGCAGAUCAUGUUGGAACUCCAGCAGCAGAAAACUCAAACUGUACACACAUCAUCAGCUUCUAUUGUGAUUCCUGCUGGGAGAAGUGUUCAGAAUUUUACAUCUGCAGAAUUAAACGCUUCAGGUGCUACAACUACUCUUGCAUUGCCUUCUGGCAUUGGACUUCCAAUCCAGGUCCCUGCUGGAGUUACCUUGCAGACUGCUUCAGGUCACAUGUAUAAAGUCAAUGUCCCAGUGAUGGUAACACAAAGUGCUGCAGGCCAGAAAUAUUUCCAGCAGCCUGUUCGUCAUUUCAUUCAUCAAGUAAAUCCAGUUACAGGGCAGACAGCUCUCUUCCAACAAAACUCAGUUUCUAGUCAAACACAUGCCAUUCAGCAGUCUUCGCAAGACCAAGCACCCACACUCCAACAAUCCAACUCAGGUCAAGUUUCCACACAUCAGCAAUUGCUGACAAACCAAUCUUUUGAUGUAACUAAUCAAUCUAUUCUGCAACAGCCUGGCAUAUCGAGACACGUAUACAUUCAGCAACAGGGCACAAUGAAACAGGUGGUUUUACAACAUUCUGGGAUGGGGGUACAGACAGGGCCACCUAUUGUUAUUCAGAGACAGUCCAUAGCAAACACAGGAACACUAGGACAACAUGUACUAUCCACACAGCCAACUCAACUGGAACAGUCUGUGGAAGAACAAGUGACCACAGGCCAGACUCAGCAUCUGUUAAUUCAAGAUUCAGACAGUGCUCCUCUAGCACAUACGCUUAUUGUACAAAAUCAAGCAUCUGAACAAAGUGAAAGAACAAAAAUACCGCAGUGUGUUUCUGAGCGGUGUGUAGUCCAACAGUUUACACCCCAGGUGAAUGAGACAUUGUUGAUGGUUGCUGCCACCUCUGAGGAACAACCAACCAAAGUUGAAGAGUCAUCCAUCCCACAGUUAGAUGGAACUAAUGAUACAUCUUCUGAUGAAGAAAUUGGUAACCUGCGGGAAGUGGAAGAAAAUGAUAUACUUGGGAUUAUUGAUGCUGAAGAUCUUAAAGCACUUGAAGGUUAUGAUGAAGACGAUAGUUCCAGCCCCGACACUUCCAGUGAUGGCUCUGAUGAAGAACCUAAAGAAGAAAUUAUAGAAGAAGAUCCUUUGAAUUCAGGAGAUGAUGUCAGUGAACAGGAGGUACCUGAUCUGUUUGAUACAGAAAAUGUAAUUGUUUGCCAAUAUGACAAGAUUCACAGGAGUAAAAACAAGUGGAAAUUCUAUCUUAAAGAUGGAAUAAUGACCUUCAAUGGGAGGGAUUAUGUGUUCUCUAAAGCUGUCGGGGACGCAGAAUGGUAGAAGUGAAAACGCUGACUUAAACAAGUGCCUAAUCCAUUAUGGGAGAUCUUUUCAAAUGAUUUGUGUGGAUUGAUGGCUUCUCACUGAUGUGCCCAAGGACUAAUUCAUAACAAAUGUUGGUACAAGUUAUCCUCUGUUUUCAUUGACGUUUCACAUACUUGUGAUAUAAUUCAUCAGGACCUGUUAUGAUGCAAGUUCUUUCAAAACAGAAGUUAUUUAACUGGCUAAUAAUGAUACUUAAAAAAAACUUGAAGUUGAGUAAAGAUACUAAUUAUAUGUCUAAAUAUAAUUUAUGUUGCAGGAAACUUUAUUUCAAUAUGGAAAAUAAAAUUAUUAUGCAAAAUAUAACUCUUGAGGAUGUAAAAUGAAAAUGCACACAAGCACAAGUAGAAAGAUGUUGCCUACUGUAUAAAGGUUUGGUUCAAAUUGGGCAAAAAACUUGAGUAAUUACUUUAUGGACUAGUUUCACCAGAUAAACAACUGUUAUGUAACACUAAAUACUGAUUAUACCCAAUAAAUUGGUAUCCUAGUAAUGGAGAGCAAAUGCAUAAAGGAAACAUAGUGUGGGGCUCUGUUCCUCGUGUACUUGGCUUGUUUGCUUUAUGGAGAUAAAUAGCAAUAAUUUACUUUUUUGUUCAGGCCAGUUCUACUGUCCCAUGUACUACAGUCACUCACAUUAAUUUUCUUUUUGCCAUAAAUCUAAAACUGAUUAUUCUUUUCACAUGGUACACUGUUUAAAAGGAAAUCCACAACCUAUCAAGUAGGUUUUCACACUAUAUAAUGUUCAUUGAUAUCUUUGCAUGUAAUGCUCAUUUGCAAAUACUUAAAGUUCCUGGGAAAUUUCACUUUGAGUGUCUGUGAAUUUCUGAUAUUCUAAGGGUAUAAACCCUCUUUUUUCAAAUUAGCAUUUUCACUUGUCCAGUCCACUCCAUCUUUAAGUCUUACUGGGUCCUGCAGACAGAGAGGCACAAAUUGGUGUCUGAGUUGGCUGCAAAGAGGAAGGAAGCUAACAGUCAAAGUCUGUUUUCCCUUUACAUUUUCAGUUUUAUUUGGUGAUGCCUUUCUAAACAUUUCCACAAUGUGGCAGAGAUUGGUAUAUUGCUGAUACGGCAUGACUUGAGGUUCCAUUGUUCAUUGCACUGCAUGUUGUUGCUUCACGAUAUUGGAACAUACAUGGUUCAUAGAAUGCUUAGAAUAUACUUGCUUAUUUCCUUGUAUUUUUAAAUUUAAAACAACAGUAGCUCAAAUAAAAAAAACAUGUAAUUUGAGAAGGGAUGCGUGCAUAUUGAUUGUGUACUAUAUACUAUUGUCCACCAUUUUUGUCCCAAGUUCACAGAUAUUAAUGUUAUCAUUAUUUUUGUUUUGGUGUAUUAGUUGAGAACCAAUUGUAAAUUGUCCUAAAGAGAAACACAAAAGAGA